AUGCCGGCGCGGACCGCAGCCGCGCUGGUUCUGGCGCUCGGGCUGCCGAUCGCCGCCGAGGCCGCGCCGGCGCUGGUCUUCGAGCCGGCAACCGGGUCGGUGCUGCAUCACGAGCAGGCGCACGACCUUUGGAGCCCGGCCUCGCUGACCAAGCUGAUGACCGCCUAUGUCACGUUCCGUGCGCUCGAGGCCGGCGAACUGACCUUGCGCUCGCCGGUGCGCGUCACCGCCAACGCCGUCUCCACGCCGCCGAGCCGGAUGGGCUAUCCGUCCGGAUCGAUCAUGACCGUCGACAAUGCGAUCAAGAUGGUGAUCGUCCGCUCGGCCAACGACAUCGCCGUCGCGCUCGGCGAGGCGGUGGCGGGCAGCGAGGCGGCGUUCGUUGCACGCAUGAACGAGGAAGCGGCGCGCCUUGGCAUGACGAACACCAGUUUCGUCAAUCCGCACGGGCUGCACGACGAACAGCAAUAUACGACCGCGCGCGACAUGGCGGUUCUGGCCCGCGCGCUGAGGACCGAGUUUGCCGACCGCGCCGACUAUUUUUCCAUCGAGGCGAUCAGCUUCGGCGAACAGCUGAUCCCGUCCUACAAUCUGCUGCUUGGCCGCUUCGAGGGCGCCGACGGCAUGAAGACCGGUUUCGUAUGCGCAUCGGGCUUCAAUCUGGUCGCAUCGGCAACGCGCGGGGGCCGCACGCUGGUCGCCGUGGUGAUGGGCACCGAAAGCCAGAAGGAGCGCGCCGAAAAGAGCGCGACGCUGCUGCAGGACGGUUUCAGCGCCGAAGCGGCCACCACCGUCGAUCUCGACAGCGUUCCGGGAACCGACGCCGACGGCGUUCCCGCCGAUCUGCGGUCGGUCGUGUGCACCGACGAGGCGCGUGCCGCCCGCUGGGACGGGCGCGAUGUCGAUGGCAACAUCGUCUUCGACACUGCCCUCAUAGGUACGAUGGACCGGGAACCGCGCGCCGCGCGGGUCGGACUUGGAGGCGCCGAAGGCGGCAGCAUGACCGCGAUCGUGCUGGGCGGCGCGGCGAUCGACGCCUAUCCGGUGCCGGCGCCGCGGCCCUAUCGGCCGUCGCUGGCCAGCGAGGCGGAGAUGGAACGUUACCAACUGCGGCCCGGCUUCGAUGUGCCGGUGCCGGCGAGCCGCCCCGAAAGCGGGUAG